UUGAAGUGUUAACGUCACGCUACCAGUUUUAGAUAUGGAAGGUGAGAAGUUAGAUGCAAUAAUUUUCGGUGCUACCGGAUUUACUGGUCAAAUUGUGGUCGGUGAUGCCAUAGAUAUUCUGAAAGACUUCAAAUGGGGCAUUGCUGGAAGAAAUGAAUUAAAACUUAAAACUCUGUUAGAAGACAUGGGCCAAAAAAUGCAAAUCGACUUAAGCUAUAUACCAGUUGUGGUGGCUAAUGUCAAUGAUCAAAUCUCCAUAGAAACUAUGGCCCAAAAGUGCAAGAUUGUCAUUAAUUGUUGUGGACCCUAUCAAGUAUUUGGCGAGGUGGUAGUCAAGGCAUGUAUCAAUGCAGGCACUCACCAUGUUGAUCUAAGUGGUGAGCCACAAUUUUUUAACGGAAUGCAACUGAAAUAUGAUGAUCUCGCUCAAGAGAAAGGCUCAUAUGUCAUAUCGAAUUGUGCCUUUGAAAGUAUACCAUGCGAGUUGGGGGUUUUAUAUGCAGAAAAGAAUUUUCCUGGUGUGAUAAAUUCUAUCGAACUACACGCGGUAAUUAAGCCUAACUACCAAGACACCUCAUCUAAGGCCAUUUUAAAUUAUGGAACCUGGGAGAGCUUAAUAUGUAGCAUGCAAUAUGCCAGAGAACUUUUAACUUUGGAACGGAAAUUGAAUAAAGAAGAAAUGCCAAAGUUAACACCAAAGUUGUGGAUGAGACCUUAUCCUCAUAGAACGGAAACGUUAAGCGAAUACUUUGCUCCAUUUCCAAUUACCGAUCGUACAGUGGUUCAACGGUCCCAACGUUUAUUUUAUAUGCGCGAGCAAAAAAGGCCCAUUCAAUUUGAAAUGUACAUGGGAUUUAGAUCAUUUUUCCUUGCUUUGAUAUUUCCUCUGUUACUGAUACUCGGUGUGAUUAUGGCUCAAAUGUCAUUCACUCGCAAAUUAUUGCUGAAAUAUCCUCAUACUUUCUCCCGGGGUUUGAUGACACACCAAGGACCCACCGAAACCAAUAGGAAAGCCGCUGAAUUCAGCUACGUCGUAAAUGCCAAGGGUUGGUCUGAAGGCACUCCACAAACGGAUGCUCCCAAUAAGGUAGUCAUGGUAAGAGUGUCUGGCAAAGAUCCUUGUUAUGGGGUAACCAGCAGCUGUUUGUUGACAAGUGCCAAGGUCAUUCUGCAGGAGCAUCAAAUAAUGCCCGGCAAAGGUGGCGUCUUACCGCCGGGUUUUGCUUUUGCCCCAACGCAACUUCUCAAGGAAAUGGAAAUGUGCAAAUCUGGUUUGAAAUUUGAAAUAUUAAAGCUAUAAAUUGCUCAUUA